UGGCUACUAGUUGAACGAUUCGAUUGAUGUAGAUACUUUUUGAAACUCUUGUAAACGAUAUUUUGGUACCAAUAGUGUUAGCAGUUUAAAUUAAGAAAAAGAAAUGAUAUCAAAAGAAAUAUUCAAUCUGGAAAAUUGUAUUCAUGACAUCAGAACAAUUAUUGCGAUUCGAACAAAACGAAAAAAAUCAUCAUAUUUUAAACAGUUAAAACCCAUGAUCAUUGCAUUAAAAUUAUUCGGAGUAAUGCCAUUUACUACACAUACAAGCGGGCCAGUGUUCGCGUUAUUUUCUUGGAUCAUGUUAUACAGUUUGUCAGUUUUUGUUUGUUUAAAUGCCUUGUUUUUCUAUAAAUUAUACGGCGAUUACAAAUAUUUUGUCAAAUCCAGAUACAGUUGUUUUCAAUUUGCUUCAUAGAAUUACUGGAUCUUCGAUAGGACUUAUUUGCUUUAUACUUCCCAUUUACUGGACUGACAUGACAAAUAUAGCAGAAUACUGGGAUCGAUGGACCAUUUUUCAGGACAAAUUUGAAUCGUGUAUGCGAAAACCUUUUCAAUUGAAUAUAACCAAACGAGUAUGGUUCGUGACAAUAUUGCCCACCGCUCUUAUGACACUCAAUAUAGUAGCAAGUUUAUUAUUUGUUAAGGGGUGGAAAGUAAAUAAUUCCAUAUUUUUUAUUGGCAUAUUCGGCAUCAUAAACCUAACAACUGGAUAUUUUUAUAUCAACUGCCACAUAUUUAGAAAUGUCAGCAAGGACAUAAAUCAACGUAUAAUGGAGUUAAUAGUAACAAAGGGAUCGGCAACCAGAUUUAGAGAGCACACAGAACUUUGGUGUUACAUGUCACAUCUCAUAACGGAUUUCGGGAUCGUACAUGGUGGAAUUUAUAGUUCUACCGCAAUUGUCAUGUAUAUAUCCAGUACAGUAUUAUGGUUUAACUUUGCCAUGACACUUAUAAGCCCCGAGAACUACCUGGUCACCGUUAUAAUUGUGCCACUUGCAUUUACAAAUUCAAUACUUAUGGUGUAUAGUGAAGCCGCGUACAUAGCUCUUUCAGAGGUGGGAAAGAAAUUACAUUGGAAAAUAUUGAAUUCAACCAUGUGUGGUCUUGUGGAACAAACACAAAGAGAAGUACAAGAUUUUUUAGAAAUGAUUCAACUUUGUAGAACAAAUAUUACUUUUGGCGGUUUUUGUGACGUUAAUAGAGAACUUUUUAUCAACUUUAUACUCGCCGUAUUUUUUAACUUAGUUGUUGCGUUUCAAUCUCAAAUUAUUCCAAAACAAUAUACAACAUCGGCUGGCUGAAGUAUUUUCAUUAGAACUAUUGAAAAUCAAAAAUCAAAAUAAGUAAUUACAUUUAUA